UCCUACUGUCUAGACACCUGCUAGACAUAGUAUCGUUAUGGAGCAUUGACCUCCGUAAAACACACAACUCCGACGUGGCAUCGGUCCGAACUAUGUCGGAAUCACUCGGGAUAUGAUCGAGAGUCGAUGAUGCUGUCAAUCUUUGUUUCCUUGAAAAUGCGCGAAAAGAUGCGGUAAACAAGUGUUGUGGAAAAGGCAAGAAAAAUUUAGCAUGUCAGGAAACCAGAAUCAUUUAUUUCAGACUUAUUCAUGGAUUACCGCGAGUUUAUCAGCGCUCUCUUUUGAAGAGACAGUGAGUACCAUAGAGAGCAAGACAACAUGGGAUGAUCGAUUUUGCAGAUCAACAGAGCAACUCCGCUGCUGCGCAUCGUAUCGAAACUGAAUGCUAAUUGAAUUUUUGGGGAAAAAGAAGAAUUUCACCUUCUUCGAGACACUGAAUUUCAAGUCUAAUAAAUUACGACACCAGAAAAUAUCUAAAUAGAGCAAAUCUAAAUGGAAUUAUGCGUUACUGCUGCAGUGACGAACAAUAUCACUAAAAAAAGAUAUAUUCCAAGGGAAGCAGAAUCUCCGUAUCCAUGGCUAUCAGCUUGAAAAAAAUUAACCACGAACAAACAGCUCAUCUAAACUCAACUCAACUCUCGACAAUCGAAACGUCAAGCGGUCAACAAUUGGAAUGUCACUCAUUUGAAUCUCUCUCACCUCCUGUCACAGUAAGUCUGAUAGCGCGAUUUAUCGAAUGAAUCAAGCAAGUCGGAAAGAAUAACAGAUGCAAUUCUGCGGCGCACGUUAGCUCUCUCGCCUUCUUCGAGAUAUACCCCCGACGAUGUCAGUCGGACCUAAUACGCGCGACGAACGGACUUCCCCGGGCAGGUAUACAGAACACCUCCGCGUCGUCGGUCGUCCCGAGGACGACGUGGGUAGACGUGGGCGCGGUUGUACUUGAGCAACACCCAUGUGGAUACCAUAAUGGCCUCCGCGAUGCCAAUCGCCAUCUCGGACUUGGUGUACUUCUGGUGGGGAGCAGGGCGACUCGCCAAUCGCGUACGUGCCUGGUACCCUCCAUAGGCGUGGCGUUGAGCGGCGCCACUGCAGCGACUUUCAGAAACCGGGCUCCGGGGAGAGGCUCCGACUUCAUUAUGUAUCAUUAUACCGGUCCGCGCCGCGCGGUGUGCACUGCAGUUACUGGAACCAGGCGCGCGUGUGUGCUUUUCUCUCUUCUUCUACGCCCUGGUCGUCGUCUUCUUCUUCUUCCCUUCUUCGCACGGUCGGUACGCGUCCGCGUAUACAUCGAGCGGUGCGCGAUACGCUCAUCGGCCAGGUAAUCGUGGCACGACGCGUGUAAAAAGCACACCGUCGCCGAGGAGGUGCGCGGGCGCGCGCGUGUGUCGCGUUCGUACGACGUGCAAUUAAAUCGGUGACACGGGCGCGAGUGUUGAGAGUACCGCAGCAUCGACGGAGCGGAUCGAGAAUUUUUGCCAUCGUCGCGCAGCCAUUCGCGGCGCGGAUGAUCGCGGACUAUCGGCGCAACGGUGUUUAGUGACAUUCGACGCUCGCUUGUCUACAAGUCAAGACUGUGUUUCCAAGUGAUUUAGUGACGUUUCGCGACGGGUGCGCGCGGUUGUAAGGCGAGUGAGGACCGAUAUGCCGACGGCUUGGUCACGUCGUCGCGGCGCGUCUCCGUUUGGCAGCCGAGCGACGACGAGCUGACGCACGGCAACCGGACAGUAGUAUCGACGCGGACUCUGAUCCUGAUACAGUGUUUCCGCGAUACGGUUACGCGUGUGCAGUGGAUGUGUGACAAGUGGUGUCCGAACUGAGAAACAAGAAAAACAUAAACAUCCGAGCAAACAUCCGACGGAUACGUGAAACGGAGACUACUACGAAACAACUGAAAGUGUGAAUGUUCCAGAGAUCACAGUGAGAAAAAGAACAAAAUAUCGUGACAGUGCGGCUUGACGAAAGUGUUGCGAACGCAUUAUUUUCUUUCUGCGUCACGUAACUUCCAAGGCUGCCAACCGUGUGCUGGAAAAACUGCAUCCGUCGGAUAAGUUCAGACCGUCGCGAUUCAAUGACGACUCAUCGCGCUUGUUCUGAUACUCGGUCGACAUAGUUUUUUUUUCGACGGGGCACGCGCGUUGUGCUCAUCGUAAAGAGGCCUAUCCCAAGAUUCGGGCCCCGUACGGAGGGCGCGCGGCGACCACGUCGUCGGCGAGUUUGGCGGCGGCGAGGAUCGUGGGGCUGUGGCGGCGGCAUCGACGUCGUGUCUAAGGUGGAGCGUCCGGGCAGCACGACGACGCUCAAUUUCACGGAUCUGGGGAGCCCAUUCGGGGCGGGCGACCCCUGUCCGUCGAGUACCCCGACCCCGAAUAGCAUGUCGGGCGGUGGCGGACCGACCGGCGGCGGCGGCGGCGGCGGCGGCGGCGGCGGUGCCGCCGGUACCGGAGGCGGCGGUUCCGACAUGGAGCAGCAUCUUCAUCACGCGGGCCUCGGCUCGGUGACGCCCGGUCCGCCGGGCGGUAACGGCGGCGACAGCACGACGUCCAGCACGCCGGUCUCGCAGAGCGGCAAGUCCGCCUUCAUCGAGCUGCAGCACAACAACCUCUACAAUCCCGCGAGUUUGCGAAGCGGCUACCCGGGCGGACACAACGUGCCCGGCGCGCACCAAUUCUCGCAUCAGGUCGGCUCGCUAGCGGCGCAUCAAGGCUCCGGGCCCGGCAGCGGGAAUCAACAGCACGCGGACGCGGGCUUUCCCAGUCCCAGAUCCGCGCUCGCCGGAUAUCCGUUCGCGUCCAUGCAUCAACACAACGCCUAUGGAUAUCAUCUGGGAUCGUACGCCCCCCAGUGCCCCUCGCCGCCCAAGGACGGGUGGUGCAUGUUCGCAGACCUCUCGCCAUUGGGUGAUAAAAGCAGCAGCCUCGUCGACGAGCUCGGCGGCGGUGGCGGCGGUUCCCUCAGGAACGGCAAGGGCAAGAAGAUGAGGAAACCAAGGACGAUCUACAGCAGCCUGCAAUUGCAGCAGCUCAACAGGCGGUUCCAGAGAACGCAGUACCUCGCGCUACCGGAAAGAGCGGAGCUCGCGGCCAGCCUCGGACUCACGCAAACACAGGUGAAAAUCUGGUUCCAAAACAGGAGAAGUAAGUACAAGAAGAUGAUGAAGGCGGCGCAGCAGGGCGGAGGCGGCGGGGGUGGCCAGCAUGGCAGUCUUCUAGCCGGUGGAACCGCUUUACCCGGCGGACCAUCUCCCCAACCCGGUCAACCCGGAAGUCUCAUGCAAGGAGGAGGCGGAAGUUCCGUGUCGGGCAGCCCGACGACGGGUUACCUCGGCGGCAUGGGCGGCGGGGGCGGCGGUCACACCCCCGGGAGCUCGAGCCCCGGAAGCGAGAUGUCGCCUCAGCACAACGAGAGCCCGCCGGCGCCCGCCUGGCCGGGCGAGAUGAAGCACCAUCCGCAUCCUCACGCGCCGCCCCACACCCAUCAUCACCCGCACACGCCCGGGCAUCAUCCACCGCCACCGCCACCGCCGCCGCAUCACGCGGGCUACAUGCCGCAGUAUUCCUGGUACCAGGCGGACCCCAAUCCCGGACUACUCACGGUGUGGCCGGCGGUUUAACGAAGACGUCCCUCGAAUUGAGUUCAGGUGAACCACUUCUUCGUGGCGUCGCAUUCCCAGCGGUGCCGCCCCAAAGUGUGUAUAUGUGUAGCGCCUUUCGCGAGGAAAAUUGAAUGUUAAUAUUGUUUCUAAUCGUUUAAUGAAACCCGCAUGCCGGUAUCCGUGCGGGCCGUCCUUUAAAGUGAGAACAGUAACGAACAGUGCGACAUCGUGUGUGAUACACGCCCCUUAGCGAAAUAUUAAUAAUAAUAAUUAUUAUAAUACUAAUUAAUGACUCAGCCGCGAACGCCCAUCUUGGAUCGGUCACGAUGCGCUUUCGAAAGAAUUAUUUCUCAAUGCCGACGAGAAGGUUUCGACGCUCGAGUUUCCAGCCAAAAAGUGGACUGUCGACGGGGAGCGUCGCGGGGAACCGCAAAGUCAUGGACGAUCCGUGCAUCGAGUGACAUGACUGUUAAGUGACAUCGUAGUUUUUUGGUGCGUACCGUUUUACUGUGUUACGUUUCCUUCUCCGUUCUGGAAUCGACGGUUGGUUGGGAAGAAGAGAGGAGCGACGUCGUCAUGCCGCAUAACAAAAUAAACAGGUGAUAAUAAUAUUGAUAACAGCAAUUUACGAUGAAAAUUGCCGAAAAAUUGCGAAUCGUGACGCGAAUUUGCCAAGGAGCGACGUCGGUCGAUCUUCGAAGUUCGAUUUACGAGUCGCAGGGUACUUGUAAGGCUUCGCGUAUGAUUGAAUGAUUGUCACGACUUGUAACGCUUUUCGUGUUUGGCAAAUAAUCGUUGUCGCAAAAAAUAAGAAUCGCGAGGAAUCUUUUCCCCGGAAAAAUAAUACGGCUUUUCUAUAUGUCUGUUCGUGUCAACCGGCGCGAUUGCGUGCAUCAGAUCUAAUUUGAUUACUACAGUUAAUUAUAAGCGAAGAUUGCCUCCAAGCAAUCGUUUCCAUUGUGAAAAUGUUGUUGUCUGUCGUUCGUCGAGCGUGGAAUUGCAUACCGAAUUUAAUCGUUGCGGUUAAUUAUUAAUCAAGCGACAGGGUUACGCGAUACUAUUAUUUUCUACGAAAAAAAUAUUGCAUCGACGUUACCAUUGCAAUUACGUGUUACCAAAAGUAAUCCAACCAUCACAAUUAAGUGUUAAUUGAUCGUAUAUCGGAAGCUUCAAACUCAUAACUCUCUUUGUUAACAGAGAAAUGCUUAUCAAUUUUUAUUUAAUUGUAAAAUUUAUCUCGAUCUAAAAUUAGAACGAAUUAUACCAUCUAAAAAGUGUAAAUACUGAGUUUGAGGCUUCUCGUCUGUAUUGCCGCUAUUAUUCUCAAUCGCAAUUACUCUCAGAAGGAAUCCGUAAAAUCUUGAUGAUCGAGGAUUUCCGCUCGUGUGACUUCAAUUUACUUCAGGAUUUUCAGUCACGAAAAUCGGCUGUUGAAUUGAUUUACCAAUGCGACAAAUAAAAAUUAUAAAUUUACAAUAUUGUAAAUUAUAAACAAAUAUUAUUUUCUUUAGCUAUCAUUCAAAUAGAACAAAAUGUUUAAACUCGCACAACUGUCCCAUUAUUCCCGACUUAAAUCCCGACGAUUAUCGCGAGACCAAUGCGAUAGCAUAAUAGUUGGCUAUAAUAUAAUCGCGAUCUGAGAAUACUUCGAUCGAGAAUACUUCUGAACGAACUUCGAUCGAGUUUGAAAUCCCCGGCCUACAUCCGGCUCUGGCCCGAUAAUUAUUUCCAUAAUUUUAAUAAACUCUGGCAAACAACAGGAUCAGGUCGGGCGAUCCAGUGCGGUUCGAUCGGCAUCUCUGAAAAUGAUUUUCGUCACCCUUCUGAAUUAACUCGGAGUCCGGCACGAUCGUGCAUCUCUGAAAACCAAUUUCUAUCUCCUCGUAAAUGUCAAUUGCCGAUGACGUUAGGUCGGUCGAUCCUUUGUGACAGUUGCCCAACAACCGCGAGCGCAGCCGACCUACUUCGUGCGCAGGCUGAAACUCGUGCGAUAGAUAGAGAAGGACGGACAGCAUUGGCGAGUCGUGCGAGAGGACGAACUAUUGGAAGAGGGAGAGAGAGAGAGAGAGAGAAAGAGAGAAAGAUAACGUUGCAUAAACUCGUUGAGCAGUCGUUCCUCAAGGCGGUUGGAAGUAAUGAAAUCCUAAUGACAUUUUCGUGAGUCAAACGAUCUCGGCAAUCACGGUGCUCGCUGUAAUCACCAGUCCCUCCUUCCCGGAUGAGGCAACCGAGCAGAGGCCUCCUCCGAAGAGAAGUACGCGAGAGACGAACGGAGGAAUGACAGCUCGUCGGGCGAGCUGGAAAAAAAUCGCUAUCUCGGUUGGUGACACGCGCAAUGUCGCUGAUAUUCCAGUUUCUUGAAAACUUGCAGAAGCAAAGAAUCACGCGAAUUUUAUUUAAUAAUUAUCUAUUAAAAUUUUAAUUUUGUUUUAUGAUUCUAUUUCUUUUUUCUAUUGUAAUA